GCAUCCUGAUUCUGUAGAUGAUUGUCACAUGCACUUCUCUAAAUCAACAGAACAACAUUUUGGAAAGGGCAACAGAGGUGUUUGGAGUGUAUCUCGAGAAUGGCAAUCACUGGAGCUUUUUUCAUUGCAAUGUUGACAGAAGGUGCAUCACCUACUUUAACUCACUUGGAGAGACAGAGUGGCAAUGCCAAGCAAUUGCUCAGCACUGGUCUGCAUUUGCAGCCUCAAGGGGAGUAAAAGGAGAGUGGGACCUCAAAACCACAAAACAUAAUUUGCAAACCGAUUCAGUGUCAUGUGGUAUCCACACACUUGCAUUUGCCACUGAAUUUCUGAAGGCUGGUGGCUUUAUAACCUCCUUCCAGUGCCCUGUAAUACAACAGGAAAGAAUGCGCCUGUCCUCACUUUUGUUUGAAUCUUUAGAUCGAACCAAAAAAUGUGGAAUUUGUGCCAAAAAUAUUUCAGGAAGAAAGAAAAUGGCAUGUACCUGUGGGGCAGUGCUGCAUGUACUGUGUGCAGCCACACCCAUGUGCUACAUAUGUCAAGAAGACAGCAACCCAUUGGCCCAAAUCUCUUUGCCUGCAUCAGAUACUGCAGCACACGCAGCUGACCCAGACGUGUUAGUUGAGACCUCUGGAUCUGAUGAAGGCUCUGCACUACAACAGGGUUGGCAAAAAAGAUGUUCCACCCAAUGUGCUGCAGCAGCCUAGAAAGGCAAAGACAAAGGUGACGAUAUUCAGCACUUUAACAGAGGGAGAGGCGGAAGACCUUGCCAAGGGGUUUGGAAUGGCACUGACCAAACAUGUGCCAAAAGACCAACUACUUUCUGGGAUACCUGAAGAGGACAUCCCAGCAACACUGAGAACCAUUGAACAAAUGAAGCUUAAUGUGCAAAACCUUGGCCCUGAAUCAGAGCUGGAUUUGGCCACUCACCGCUUUGGACCUACAGCCGCAGAUUUUUUCUUUUCCUUUUUAGAGGACUGUAUGAAAAAAACUCAGCACCCAUAAGGGGCACACAUAUACUAAUGUGGAAGUCACAUCAUACAAAUCAGUUCAGAUUUGUAAACAAAAACAGGAAAGUUCAGAUUACUUGAUCAUAAUUUGAUUUUUAUUUCAUUCUAGACAAAUACAAAAUACAAAGUUUUAUUUUUUUAUAGUAAAUAUAUAUUGGAUUACUGAAGGUAACAGAUGUAUUAGAUAACAAAUACAAAGUUUGAUAAAAAUGGCAAAAAUAUGCACUUGAAUAAAACAUUUCUUUUAAACUUUAUUUGAAUUACUUUUUUGGCCCACUGUUUGCUCUGCGUUUUCUUCUUGACUUAACAGGAAAACUUGAUGUGACAGAUGUCCUUGUUUUUGAGUUAGUUUCUCUGUCUGUCUUUCUUUUUCUUGUUGCAAACAGUGGAUGUAUUUAACGUGACAUGUCCGCAUCACAAAGUCUCCCAAAUCCAUUAAUGUUCAUACUUUCUUCUUUUGUUUGCACUUCUAGUUCAUUCACUUUAUGGGCAAUAUCCUCUGGAAUUCUCUCCCAUGUCUGUAGAAUCUUCAGUACGCUUUCCAGUUUCCUGAUAGUUGUACGACGCA